GUGGACAAACGCGUGGACAACGGUUUGGUCGCCGAUAAGGCGUGCGAUUAUCUCUUAGCCGACAGCCCGUCGGCUGUGUUGACGAUUGAACGCAUCGAAGAAGUGGCCCAACAAAUAAUGGACGAAAUGGAGUCGUUAACCGAAAACGAGGCCAUCGAUAGGGGAGUCUGUAUGCUAGAAGACAAUUGGCCCAACUUUGGCCAACACUUCCCGCCGUCGACAACCGCCUCAAUGAGUUUGACUGUCGUUUCGCGCACUCAAGUCCAGCCAAUGGUCGACUUUCAGCCGCCGAUACAAUCGCAACUCCGCAAGACUGGCAACGAAGUCCGCAAAUACGGACCAAUUGAUGGUAAACUUCAUGACAAGAGCGACAAAUACUGCGAAGUGGUGUCAGUGCCCACGUCUACACACGUGGCACAGAUUGUCGGCAAACAAGGUUCAAAGAUUAAGUUAUUGCGGGCGAAGUCGCGGACUCACAUCCAGACGCCAGUGUCGGGUCAGGAGCCGGUGUUUAUCAUAACCGGUGUCCGCGAAGAUGUGCUUAAAGUGAAGGCCGAAAUACUGUCCGCUUCGGACCACUUCACAGCCGUCAGCGAAGAACGCAAACAAAAGUUUCGGCAAAACUCUGACGUCCCGGGAUCGGUUUGUCUGAAUCUAAUAAUCCCUUCAUAUAUGAUCGGUUUGAUUGUCGGCCGCAACGGCAACACAAUCCGCAACAUCCAGAAGAUGACCGAAACAUACAUCGAAACGCCCAAAGUGUGCGAAAACUCUUCGUUCAGAAUUACUGGAGUGAUGAGGAAUGUGGAGAUCGCCAAACAGUGCAUCAUUGAACACGUUAUGUCCAAAAGUAACCUCCCCUUUACGGUGGAUGUCUUGUUCAAUGGUGACCACAAACUCACUUUUAAU